GCUAGUAGUAUUCCUAUUCCUAUCCCUGUUGUUACCUAGGUAUUUUCAUUACCAUCGCCUCGACCGCGUCGCGAAUUCUGGGGAGUCUGAUCUGAUCUGAUCUGAUCAAAGCUUCAAUGGCACGUUACCGGCGUUAACCUUGAAUCUGCCGUCCAUCCCUUUCUUCCUGUCAUUCCCCCAAACCAUACGACAGUACUAGUGAAACAAUUUCUUAUCGGCUGUCACGAGGCUUUGACAAAUGUGAUGAACCGUCAUCUUGACUAUCUCUUGAAGAAGGCACAAUUCUGAUGCCGCCCAAGGGCCAGCGGCGCUCCCAUACGAAGUCGAAGAACGGAUGCAGUCAGUGCAAGGUCCGGCGUAUCAAGUGCGACGAGGUCCACCCAAAAUGCUCGAAUUGCGAGCGUCGGCAGAUCUUUUGUGAUUUUUCGCUUUCUCCUGGCGCGAGCAUAUCGCCCAGCAACAAUGUCGACAGCCAGCAGCAGUCUUGUCAGUCCGCGUCCGUCGGUAGGAGGACGCCGUCGCAAGCCACGAUUGACCCUUUCCAGCAGCCUGAUUUGGUCAGCACCAAGAAAACAACAGAACUCGACAUCACCGAUUUGAAAUUAAUGCACCACUUCACGAGCGUCGUCGCCCCCGACCUCGCAAAUGCCCAUACCGCCGAAGCACUCGCGCUGUGGCAAGUGCAUGCCGUGAAACUAGGUUUCAAGCACCAUUUCCUCUUGCGUGGCAUUCUGGCUGUAGCAGCAUUCCAUCUGGCCUAUGUUCACCCGGAACAAAAGGCGGACUAUGAGCUUAUCGGGACGGCUCACCAGAGCAUCGGCCUCUCCGAGUUCCAGGAUACACUUGCGCAUGUGGAUGAGACUAACUGUCACGCAAUGUUUGCAUUCUCCUGCCUACUUAUCAUCCUCACCUUUGCGUCCAGUGCGAAGGACACUCCAAAGGACACCCCGAAAGACCUCGCAACUGAUGUGCUACACUGGUUCUACCUUCUCCGCGGUGCACACACGGUGCUGAACCUCCAUUCGGAGACUAUCCGAAAUAGCUUUCUGAAACCAUUGCUGGACGAAAUGGCACAUAUCGAGCUGGCAGCAGCAUAUAUUUUCCCUGAUACUGAUCAGAUCACCAAACUGUUCCGGAUAUGCAGUUCUCCUGAGCAUGACAAUGAGAUUGCUCAAGCAUACGACCUGGCCAUUCACUCGCUGCUCAGCACCUUCGUACAAGCAUCGCUACUCAAACAACGAAGCGAGGGCAUCGUUCUCGCCACUUUCGUUUGGCCGCUCAACCUCUCACCUAAGUUUCUCGAUCUGUUGAGCGAGAAGCAACCCGAGGCCAUGAUCAUACUCGCGCAUUAUUGCGUUCUGAUAUACUGGGCAGAAUCCGAUGAUUCCGAUACUUGGUUUAUAACUGGGUGGGCUCGAUAUAUGCUCGAAACUGUGAAGGAGUUACUACCCGAGAGGUGGCAAGACCAUCUGCGCUGGCCUGUAGCCGUGAUUACGCAGCACCCAGCCUAGCAUGGAUGACUUGUCAUGUUCCGACAUGUCCUCCAUUGGGCGCGGGAUCAGUUGAGCCCAAGACCAGGACCUACCACAUCAUGAGUGAUGAUUGCAUGAAUUUUUUGGAGGGCGAAAGCGCUCUCUCCGCCAAUGUGCUCUGCCUGUGGUGAUGGCUUGGCUAUUGCAUACUGGCAGCACCUGUGCGAUCAUUGGGCAUUGGAGCUCUUACGGAACCGGACGUGCUAGUUGUCAUUGACGCAUUGAGGGAAGAGCAUCUACUGGUGGGAUGACUAUACAUAAUGUACAAUAAGAGGGGGAAAUUGUUGUGAUCUAGGGCGUCUUUGGAGGUUGUGGAAAGAUGUGCCCUUCAAGUAUGCAGCAUAAUUCUUGUUGGUCGCCACUCUCCGUCAACAUGUGGUACAGACACACCAAGCGUGUAUAAUGAUGUACUUUUGUAUGUACUUCGUUUUCAUUUCUACUACCGGUACUACCAGGUACUUCAGCAUGGCUACAAUGAGGGAAGGCGGAAAUAGUACCUAGGUAAUUCCUCUCUAAUCACAUGACACAUUCACGUGG